AUGGGUCAUUUACUAAGUGGUUCUGAUGAUGCCCAAAUAUGCCUGUGGAACAUCAAUGCAACUCCAGAAAAUAAGACUCUAGAUGCAAUGCAGAUAUUUAAGAUGGAGGAGAACAUCUACCAUGAUGAAGAUGAUCUACCUGGAGAUGACUCAAUUAAAGAAACUUCAGAUACUGCUUUAUUCAAUGCUGUAUGGGUAGACAGAUGGUCACAAGAGUUUGGGGAAGCUGGCAGCCUUCCAGCCUUCCACCGUCUUGGCUUAGACUCGUCGAAGAAGCGCGUGAAAUCGCCAUAUAAAAUGCUUCACCACCCCAACUUUCUCUCUCUAAAAUCACCUGUCCAAUCCAAGCAAAAUCUUUUGAUUUAUUCAGGAAAUGGCAAAAGGAACCAGGGGAAGACAAGGGAUUGCUUCACGACAGUGCAGAUCAACCCCAUACCCUCUGCCAGCUACCAAUCAAACCAAGGAUGCCGUGCUUACAUGUGUGGGACCAGCUUCCGCUAUUCCAACUGCCUUGACCAGUACAAGAAAGCCUACACAAAAGUAACUCCUUCAGACACCCAUCCACUAGGGUAUGAGUCACUCGAUAGUCAAGCCAUGAGUCCAUUAUCCAACAGGAGUGUCGAGAAUUGUGAGUUUAUGGAACUUGCAUGCCCCCUUUGUCGUGGCCAGGUGAAGGGAUGGACUGUCUUUGAGCCUGCGCGAGAACAUCUCAAUGCCAAGAAGCGUAGCUGCAUGCAAGAUAGCUGCUCAUUUAUUGGAACAUAUAAAGAAUUGCGGAAACAUGUGAGGGUAGAGCACGCUUCCGCUAAGCCACGUGAGGUGGAUCCCAUUCUAGAACAGAAGUGGAGAAGGUUGGAGCGUGAGAGAGAGACACAAGAUGUCAUGAGCACGAUAAGCUCAUCAGUGCCAGGGGCAGUGUUCUUUGGGGACUAUGUGAUUGAAGGACGUCAUUAUGGGUUUAAUUCAAGCGAAGAGGAACAUUACCAUGCAGAUGGCAUGGAGCAGGACGAGGGCUCCGAAGUGGGAAUUGAUCACAAUUUAAUGCGCGUCUUUCUUUUUUUCCAGGCAUUUGGUUCUGCAGGUAGCAGCAGAUCGCGCGAGAGAGAUUCCGACCACACAUUAGAUAGAGGUGCUUCUGAUUACUUUGAUCAAGAUGAUGAUGAUUAUUUUAGUGUAGAUGAUGGCAACUCUAACACAUCACUGACUGGCCGUCUGCGUCGUCGAGGUAGAGUCCAUUUGCGAAGAAAUCGUAGAGAGGCAAAUGGAAACUGA